AUGACGCAGGUCCGGGCUUUGCCGAAGAAACGCCUACUAGAGUUCCAAACGCCAUUCCUGACAGUUGCCCCAACUGUGCGAUUCAACGUCCUUGGCGAAGGAUUCAUAACUAUAGACCCGGAAAACAUUGAGACCAUAAUAAAGACAAGAUUUGAGGACUAUCAUCUUGGCGACCGGAGCAACCAACUCUACCGUUUACUAGGCGAAGGCAUAUUCACACAAGAUGGCUCCGCCUGGCAACUAUCUCGCAGAAUAUUGCAGAAACAGUUCGUGAGAGUGCGGGAAGCCGGAAUAGCGGCUUUGCAGGCUCAUGUGGACACCAUGUUGGCCAACAUCGGGGGCGAGGAUAUAGAUAAUGGCACGGUCGUCGACUUGCAGCCGCAUUUCUUCGAAUACACGCUGAACACCACUACGCACCUGCUCUUUGGAGAGCCUCAUAGCGCCUUACCUAAACUUGAGAGAGAUGCCCUGCGCAAUGAUUUCGAGUACGCCAGCCAGGUGUCUGCCAAUCGAAUGCGUCUUGCAAAUCUAUGCUGGCUUUACACGCCCCCUAAAUUCAUCAAAGCUUGCAGAAAUGUCCGGAACUGGGCGCAAUUCUUCGCAGAUAAGGCACUGCAUUGCCUUCAUACCGAAGGCAUAGAGGCUGCUGGCCAGAAAUACCCCUUCAUCGUUGAUUUAUGGCAAGAGCUGGGCGAUAGGUCCUUGGUGCGGGAUCAGUUGCUGCACGUUUUGAUUGCAGGUCGCGAUACGACUGCAUGUCUGUUGAGCUGGACGUUGUAA